AUGGACGAGUCCAGCCUCCUGAGGCGCCGAGGGCUCCAGAAGGAGCUGAGCCUGCCACGCCGGGGACGUGGCUGCCGCAGUGGGAACCGUAAGAGCUUGGUGGUAGGAACACCCUCGCCAACCCUUUCCCGGCCCCUGUCACCGCUUUCAGUCCCGACGGCAGGCAGCAGUCCCCUGGAUAGCCCUCGGAACUUCUCUGCUGCAUCGGCUGUCAACUUCCCUUUUGCCCGGAGGGCAGACGGCAGAAGAUGGUCUCUUGCGUCUCUCCCGUCUUCUGGCUAUGGAACCAACACACCGAGCUCCACCGUCUCGUCGAGCUCAUCCUCCCGGGAGCGCCUCCACCAGCUUCCCUUCCAACCCACGCCGGACGAGCUGUGCUUCCUGUCCAAGCACUUCCGCAGCUCAGAGAGUGUGGCUGAUGAGGAGGGUGGCGGCCGGUCACCCCGCCUUCGUCCCCGCUCCCGCAGCCUCAGCCCGGGACGCACAACAGGGACCUUCGACAAUGAGAUCGUCAUGAUGAAUCAUGUGUACCGGGAGAGGUUCCCCAAGGCCACGGCACAGAUGGAGGGCCGUCUGCAGGAGUUCCUGGCAGCCUCUGUGCCUGGGGCCCGGCUGGCGCUGGCAGACGGCGUCCUGGGCUUCAUCCACCACCAGAUCGUUGAGCUGGCCCGAGACUGUCUAGCCAAGUCGGGCGAGGCUCUCAUCACCUCCCGCUACUUCCUGGAGAUGCAGGAGAAGCUGGAGCGGCUGCUGCAGGAUGCCCACGAGCGCUCAGACAGCGAGGAAGUCAGCUUUAUCGUCCAGCUUGUCCGGAAACUGCUGAUCAUCAUCUCGCGGCCGGCACGGCUCCUCGAGUGUCUGGAAUUCGACCCUGAGGAGUUUUACCACCUGCUGGAGGCGGCUGAGGGCCAGGCCCGGGAGGGCCAAGGCAUCAAGACGGACCUGCCACAGUACAUCAUUGGGCAGCUGGGCCUGACUAAGGACCCCCUUGAGGAGGUGGUGCCGCUGAGUCACCUUGAUGAAGGACAGCCCCCAGCCCCCGAAUCCCCGGAGAGCCGUGCCCUGGUUGGCCCAUCACGGAGGAAGCCAUGUGAGAGCGACUUUGAGACCAUCAAGCUCAUUAGCAACGGGGCCUACGGGGCUGUCUACCUAGUGCGGCACCGAGACACACGGCAGCGCUUCGCCAUCAAGAAGAUUAAUAAACAGAACCUGAUCCUGCGCAACCAGAUCCAGCAGGUCUUUGUGGAGCGUGACAUCCUCACCUUCGCUGAAAACCCCUUUGUGGUCAGCAUGUUCUGCUCCUUUGAAACCCGGCGCCACUUGUGUAUGGUCAUGGAGUACGUGGAAGGUGGUGACUGCGCCACGCUCUUGAAGAACAUGGGCCCGCUGCCCGUGGACAUGGCCCGCAUGUACUUCGCCGAGACGGUGCUGGCGCUGGAGUACCUGCACAACUACGGCAUCGUGCACCGCGACCUCAAGCCAGACAACCUGCUCAUCACCUCCCUCGGCCACAUCAAGCUGACCGACUUCGGCCUGUCCAAGAUCGGACUCAUGAGCAUGGCCACCAACCUCUACGAAGGCCACAUCGAAAAGGACGCCAGGGAGUUUGUGGACAAGCAGGUGUGCGGGACACCUGAGUAUAUCGCCCCGGAGGUGAUCUUCCGCCAGGGCUACGGGAAGCCGGUCGACUGGUGGGCCAUGGGCGUCGUCCUCUAUGAGUUCCUGGUGGGCUGCGUGCCUUUCUUCGGAGAUACCCCUGAGGAGCUCUUUGGCCAGGUGGUCACCUGGUCCCACUUUGGGGCCUUUGCCGUGGGCGCACGUUCGGAACGCUACCACCACCUAGGCUCUGAGGACGAUGAGACCAACGAUGAGGAGUCUUCCACAGAGAUCCCCCAGUUCUCGUCCUGCUCCCACCGGUUCAGUAAGGUCUACAGCAGCUCUGAGUUUCUGGCCGUCCAGACCACCCCUACCUUCGCAGAAAGGAGCUUCAGUGAGGACCGGGAGGAAGGGUGGGAGCGCAGCAGUGAGGGAGAGUGUGGCCGCCGAAUGAGCACCGAGAUCCGGCUAAGGUCCUGGACAUCCUCUGGUUCUUCCUGUCACUCAUCUUCAUCCCAGCCUGAGCGGGGCCCCAGCCCGUCUCUCUUGAGCAACGUCAGCCUGGACACGAUGCCCAAGUUUGCCUUCUCAUCAGAGGAUGAGGGGGCAGGCCCAGCCCCUGUUGGCCCUAAGAGGCCUGUCUUCAUUCUAGGGGAGCCUGACCCACCCCCAGUGGCCACACCAGUGAUGCCCAAGCCCUCGAGCCUUUCUGCCGACACAGCUGCCCUCAGCCACGCCCGCCUCCGAAGUAACAGCAUUGGCGCCCGACACUCCACACCUCGGCCCCUGGAUGCUGGCCGUGGCCGCCACCUUGGGGGCCCAAGAGACGUAGCCCCUGAGAAGCCCAGGGCCUCCUCUAGCAGUGGUGGUGGUGGCGGGAGCCGUGUACCCAAGUCAGCCUCCGUCUCUGCCCUGUCCCUCAUCAUCACGGCAGAUGACGGCAGCGGGGGCCCCCUCAUGAGCCCCCUGUCCCCACGCUCGCUAUCCUCGAACCCGUCGUCCCGUGACUCCUCGCCGAGCCGAGACCCGUCCCCUGUGUGCAGCAGCCUGCGGCCCCCCAUUGUCAUCCACAGCUCAGGCAAGAAGUACGGCUUCAGCCUGCGGGCAAUCCGCGUCUACAUGGGAGACAGCGACGUCUACACUGUGCACCACGUCGUCUGGAGCGUGGAGGAGGGAAGCCCCGCCCAGGAGGCUGGCCUGCGAGCCGGGGACCUCAUCACCCACAUCAACGGGGAGUCGGUACUUGGACUGGUGCACAUGGAUGUCGUUGAGUUGCUGCUAAAGAGCGGCAACAAGAUAUCACUGCGGACCACAGCCCUGGAGAACACGUCCAUCAAGGUGGGCCCUGCCCGGAAGAACAUGGCCAAGGGCCGCAUGGCUCGCAGGAGCAAGCGCAGCCGCCGGCGGGAGACCCAGGACCGGCGGAAGUCCCUCUUCAAGAAGAUCUCAAAGCAGUCCUCUGUGCUGCACACCAGCCGCAGCUUCUCCUCCGGCCUCCACCACUCGCUGUCCUCCAGUGAAAGCCUCCCCGGCUCACCCACCCACAGCCUAUCCCCCAGCCCCACCACGCCCUGCCGCAGCCCAGCCCCUGACACCCCAGCAGACACCGCAUCCCCACCCAGUGCAUCCCCGAGUUCCAGCAGCCCUGCCUCUCCGGCCGCCGCUGGCCAUACACGCCCCAGCUCCCUGCAUGGCCUGGCUGCCAAGCUUGGGCCACCCCGCCCCAAGGCCGGCCGCCGCAAGUCCACCAGCAGUAUCCCACCCUCCCCACUGGCCUGCCCUCCAGUGCCUGCACCGCCACCCCGCUCACCCUCGCCCUUGCCUGGGCACCCACCCACAGCCACCCGAUCACCACGGCUGCGCCGAGGCCAGUCAGCUGACAAGCUGGGCACAGGUGAGCGGUUGGACGGGGAGCCAGGGCGCCGCAGCCGUGGGCCAGACUCCGAGCUGGUUGUCAUGCGGCGAUUACACCUGUCUGAGCGCCGAGACUCCUUCAAGAAGCAGGAGGCCGUGCAGGAGGUGAGCUUCGAUGAACCACCUGAGGAGGGCACUGGGCCACCCACAUCAGUGCCACAGAUCGCUGUGGAGGGCGCCGAAACCAUCCCAGGAGCCCUCGGACCUGCUGGAAAAGACUGAUCCCCUCAUCUGAUCUCUCCCUGGCCUCAAAGUCACGUGUUUUUUGUGCAAUGUUUUUACCAUAAAGUCAUGCCUGGAUGGAGACUGAGCCACCAGCCAAUGACACCUGGAAGGCAAGAAGUUAUCUCGGUCCUUGCUGGAAGGUGGAGACAGGGCCUCCCUCGUGUUCUGCUGUCGAUCAAAGGUCAUAGGGGCAGGAAUGGGGGACAAGGGUAGCGUUGUAAAUAGCAGCAAAUCCCUACAAUUAAUUUAUUACUUUAUAUAAGCGGUGGUCAGACUGAGCUGCUCCUGUGAAGGCGGCUGCCAGGUCUUCCCCCAGGCACCUGGGCCACCACUUGCAGACCCUGCCCUCUGGGCUGAGAAGGAAGCACUUUGGACAAGUGAUCUGUGUUUGUGUUUUCUAGUUUUUUUCUACUUUUCAAGUUUUUUUUGUGUUACCUGAUCUAAUCCCAACUGAAGAUCCACUGGUUUGAGGGAACCCAGCAGAGCUCACCUGUGGGGACCCAGUUUGGAUAUGACUUGGAGAGUCCAUAAAUGAUUCCCCUCCCCCACAAAACCUAAUCGCCAUGAUGGACCGGAUUCUGAAGGCCACUUCCCACUGUCAUAGCUGCCAUCCCCAGGCCGUCCUUGCUAGAGUCUGCAUUCAGUCCUGCUGGCUUCAGCCUGGAGCAGGGGGUAUGGGAGCUGGGGUUUUCAUGGCUGAAUAGGUGUUCACCAGAUCUAGGCAGAGGGGUCGCCCCCUCCACAGGGGUGCACUGAUGCCCUGAGAGGCACAGGCCUUGCCAGUCACUGCCUAGGCAAGAGAGUGUCCAUCCUCAACAAGGUUCCACGUUUGAGGCCCACAGGAGUGAGCCCUUGACCAUGAUGUGUCUGCAACACCUUCAGGGGUUCCCUCGAUGUUUCAGAGCCUCCCUGGGAUGAAGUUCAAGUGAGGAAACCCACUUGGGGGACAGCAAGGCCCGAAGUUUGAUUUUCAGCUUCACUGUGUGGCUCUGGGAAAAUGGCUUUCCCACUCUGUGCCUCAGUUUCCUUGUGUUUACGAGACUAAUCCCGAUGACUCUUUACUAAGCACCUACUGUGUGCCAAGCGCUUUUACUUGUGGCUUCUCCCUCGGCCAAUCUUCAGAAGGCUGGAGGUGGCAUCAUCGUCUGCAUUUUACCAACAAAGCAGCUGAAGCCCAGCGAGGGGCAGAGACUUGUCCCACAGUCACCCAGCGAGAAACAUGGCAGAAGGGAGCACCAGCCAGGCCCUGCUGUGGACAUUCUCAUUAAGGGAGACUGAAUGGAGGGUCUGGUGUCAGAUACAGCAGACUCCAGCCCAGCUCUUCCCCCAGGAUGCUGUGUGAUCCGCUGGGCGUCUUGGAGGUGGCUGGUGAGAUUGAUGUGCCCCACUUGGAGAGGGAGCUUUCCAGGCGCUGCAGCCCACUCCGCAUCCCUCCCUGAGCCCCCCACCCAGCACUGCCUGGUGUGGGAGGGUAGACCAAGGCUGUGCAUGACUUGCGCCCUUCUUCCAUCCUGGAGCUGGUGGUGAAUAAAAGCUCACCUUUACAAAGAGGA